AUGAAUCCAGACCACUCCAUCUUCCUCCCAGCAGCUCGGCCGCCUCACAAACCCUGGGCCCACGCCCUCGUCUACUUCGUCCCAGGAAACCCAGGCCUCAUAGAAUAUUACAACAGCUUCCUCAAAUUCCUGCGCGUCCUCCUAGACCGAUCGCAGCGCGAGGUCGCCUAUGACAUCUACGGCAGGAGUCUCUACGGCUUCCACGACGACGACCACGUGCCCUUCACGAACAGCUGUCCUCCUUACAGCUUAGAGGAGCAGAUCCUCAAGGCCUACGCGAACGUGGCGGAGCGGAGGAUAGAGGACUCGGCGAAGCCGGGUGAGAACGGCAAGCCCUACGAUUUCGUGGUGAUAGCUGGCCAUUCCGUCGGCGCGUACAUCACGCUCGAAAUCUUCCAUCGCCAUCACCACAACCCAUUGCUGGCUCGCCAUCUGAAGCUGUACCAUGGCAUCCUCCUCUUCCCCACGGUCACGCACAUUGCGAAAUCGCCCAGCGGUAAGCGGUUAAACGCUCUUAAUGAGUACUCCUUCCUGGGCAGGAACGUUCACCACCUGGCCAAGGCGCUGCUGUUACCCUUCCCUAAUGCCCUUUUGCGCUUCGUGUGUCGGAAGUUGAUGGGCUUCACGCCCGAGGCGGCUCGGAUAACGGUCGAGUUCCUCAGGAGCCGAGACGGCAUCUGGCAAGGUCUUCACAUGGGCAAGGAUGAGAUGGCGACUAUUUCGGACGAUAGGUGGGACGAGGAGCUCUGGGAGGUGUUCCAUGAUGCUGAGGAGCAUAGGCACCAGCUGCCCAAGUUUAUGUUCUUCUUCGCUAAGGAGGAUCACUGGGUUGCCAACGACGUUAGGGAUGAGUUUAUACAGAAGUUGGAGACGCAUGCGAAUAGGGAAGGGCCGGAGCAUAAGAAGGGGAGGACGGAGAUUGUGGUGGAUCAAGAGGGCAAUGUUCCUCACGCGUUUUGCACGAGAGAAAUGGGCAAUCUUGUGGUUGCUGAUCGGGUGGUGACUUGGCUCAACCAGAUCCAAGAGAGCUUUGCCUCAUACGAUCCAGAUAAAGAGCGAGAAACGCGCAUCCUGGACGAGGCAAAGGUGCUUGCAGGUACCAUAAUCAGGUAG